AUGUGCAAGCGUGAACAUCAAAAAUUACUUCACAAAUUCGAAGUAGAAGAAUGCACACAGAAAAAUGUUAAGAAUAAAAGGUCAAAAGCAGAUGUUAGCAAAACAGUUAAAGCUUUUAGUCGCUGUGCGGCUGGGAAAGCCACUCCUGAUCCUUGGGACCUGAGACCUGCUCCUGUACUGGCAACGACGAUGAACUAUCUCCUAGAAAAGAUUGCUCCUAGGGAAGACGUGCCAUGGAACAUCGUCUAUGACUUUGUCGCCGACAGAAUCCGAGCUGUGAGACAAGAUAUAGUCAUUCAGCAUUUACCAGGCGAUGACACCUGCCAAAUUCUGAUGCAGUGUAUACGAUUCUACCUCUACUCAAGCUACAGGUUAUGUGAAGAGCCACUUGCAAACUUCGAUCCUCACCUGAACAACAUACAAGCGAUGGAAUGCAUGAAGAUGCUGCUGGUAAAUUUUUCCAACAUGCGCAAUCCACCCAUAAAGGAAGCGCAGGAACUCGAAGCUCUGUAUCUGUUGUUCAACCUCGGAUCCACUGACGCUAUGCUACAUGCAUAUGAAUGUCACCGAGAUAUCAGGGAAUGUGCCAAGGUUCGGCUUGCACUGAAUCUAAACAGAGCAUACAUGGAAGGAAACUAUGUUCACUUAUUUCGUCUCGUGAGGAAACUGACAUUUUUAGAGAUGUGUUCGAUGCACAGACAUGUACCAAAGCUACACAGGCUAACAAUUCAGCAAAUGUCAGUGGCCUACAGCAGUAAAGUACUGACAUAUCCUGUGGAGCAGCUACGCCGCCUGCUGCUGCUGGAUACAGAGUGCAUGGCAGCGGACUUAUGUCGCUACUAUGGAAUCACCAUUGAUGGCAAAAGGAUACGCUUUAUAAAAGCAGCUUGGAACGAUGCUGAUGCUUACAGAAAAUCAGGAAGGGUAGGUAUGGCAGAAACCGGAAUCGACGUGCCAACUGAUGCCUCCUUAGAAUCGCAGGCCACUGGGCACAAGGUUGAGUCGACGAAGGCAAGUCAUGCAUAUAUAGGUGCGAGAUCCUGAGGAACCAGUACAAGUACGUUGUGAACAUCUGGAAGCAACAUAACGUUCAAUCUGCCAGGUCUGGGACAAGAACGAUUGGCUUGACAGGUCCCCACGUUAACCAUCAUGACACAAUCGCUGACCACACAACGAGUGCAUUCCACGGACGAAGUGUAAUGUGUUUUCGCUUUUAAAUAGAUUAUACAUUUUUGUCGCUGUGGUCAUCGCCAGGCGUUAUCGAGUGCGUGUGCAACAGCUCGUUGGAAACAGUUUUUCCACUUUCUAAAAUGUCUUUAAACGUUACGGUUGGUCAUUGUUGCUGCAGUGUGUCUUGACGUUUAGUUACUACACCAGCCACGGGAGUAACCUAGCUGGCUCUGUUGCUGAAUUUUACACCAGUGGUCGCUAGAGUUUUUGUGCUGCCACACGUUAAAUCUGUGAGCUGUUGUGUAUACUUGGUCCUCUGUUUACAUGACUUGUAAAACUAUUGCUUGGCAUAAUUUUUUAUUUAAUGCUUUGUUUUUAAGCUUUUAUAUGGAGAAAUCAUAUUUUUAUAUAUUGUAUGUCCCAAUUUUAUAUGCACGCUCAACCUGUGCGUAUUCUGUUAUAUAUGAUGAAAUUGACAAAUGUGUCAUUAUUUAUGCAUUAUUUAUAAUGUUGGCUCUGUGUUGAUGAUAUUUAUAACUUGUAAUAAAUCAUUAAAUGCAUGGAUUACUUCA